CGGCACCAUGAGACAGAGGGGACGCGCUACGCUCCUGGUGGCGUUGCUGCUCUUGGCACAGCUGCGCCCGGAGAGCAGCCAGUGGAGCCCAGCGGCUGCGGCGGCGACUGAGGUCCAGGAUCCGAAUCUGCGAUGGAACCCUGGAGUGCGGAAUCAGGGCGGCAGCGUCCGCGCGCUCCUCUUGCUGUUAGCGGAGCGCUUCCCGCGCCGCGCAGGAUUUAAGCCUGCGGGCGAGCGGCAGCGACGGGACGACCCUCCGCUGUCCAUCGACCUCACCUUUCACCUGCUGCGGACCCUGCUGGAGCUAGCUCGGACACAGAGCCAGCGCGAGCGCGCAGAGCAGAACCGCAUCAUAUUCGAUUCGGUGGGCAAGUGAUCGGCCCCGUAUGGGGUCACGAAAGCCUUGACCCUUUCCCCUACCUACCCCGGGGCUGGAACGCGCACAACUGGAGCUGUCUCAAUCCCGCGGUGCAGCGCUGCCCAGAGUCACCCUGAAUACUCUGGUUAUUUUUUAAUAAAACUGCCCAAG